GCGGCUCCGGUUCCCCCCUUUCUCUGCCCCCCGCCCCCGAGCCGCGGCCAUGGACCCGGCAGAUCUGGCUUGCCCUGGCCCAGCUCAACACCUGAUUUCGAUUCCACAUAAGUGAGUUCAUACAGUGCAGUGCUGCCUUGGUUCCUGAACUUCAUUUGUUUUACCACUUUGGAGAAGAUGGCCGUGGUCAUGUUCAUGCAAGGUGACCAUUCCGGCUGCUAGAGUGAGCAUCCCAGUCUGAGUAGGGGACUGAGACAGUCCCAGGACCUGAUGGCAGAGGCCAUGGACCAGACACCUGGGGGUCCUGGAUACCCAGUGCCGGGAGAAGGUGCUGAUGGCAGCAUGGAGCCUGGGAGCUGCCAGGAGCUUCUGCAUCGACUGCGGGAGCUGGAGGCAGAGAACUCGGCACUUGCCCAGGCCAAUGAGAACCAGAGGGAGACUUACGAGCGCUGUCUGGACGAGGUUGCCAACCACGUGGUGCAGGCACUGCUGAACCAGAAGGACCUGCGGGAAGAGUGCAUCAAGCUGAAAAAGAGAGUGUUUGACCUGGAACGGCAGAACCAGAUGCUGAGUGCCCUGUUCCAGCAGAAACUCCAGCUCACGGCGGCGGGCUCCCUGCCCCAGCUCCCGCUCACUCCACUCCAGCCGCCCUCAGAGCCACCGGCCUCCCCCUCCCUGGGUACCGCUGAGGGACCGUCCACCUCACUGCCUCUGGGGCACUGUGCUGGGCAGAGAGAGGUGUGUUGGGAGCAGCAGCUGCGGCCAGGAGGCCCAGGCCCCCCAGCUGCCCCACCCCCAGCACUGGACGCCCUGUCCCCCUUCCUUCGGAAGAAAGCCCAGAUUCUGGAGGUGCUUCGAGCCCUGGAAGAGACGGACCCCUUGCUCCUGUGCUCACCUGCCACCCCCUGGCGGCCUCCAGGCCAGGGUCCUGGCUCCCCUGAACCCAUCAAUGGCGAGCUAUGUGGCCCUCCCAAGCCUGAACCCUCACCGUGGGCCCCCUACCUGCUAGUUGGCCCUGGUAGUCUGGGAGGCCUGGUGCACUGGGAGCACGUUUUGGGGGGUCCAGGGGAGGAAGGGAGUGCUAGGCGCCCUUAUAGGGCCCCACUGCAGGCCCAGGGCACCAACCCCAACCCACAUUGUGCACCAGGCAGCAGCUCCUCCUCCUCUUCUGAUGAGGCAGGUGACCCCAAUGAAGCACCCAGCCCCGACACCCUGCUGGGUGCCCUGGCCCGAAAGCAGUUGAACCUGGGCCAGCUCCUUGAGGACACAGAGACUUAUCUACAGGCCUUCCUGGCCGGGGCUGCAGGCCCACUCAAUGGGGACCACCCAGGGCCCAGGCAGCCGUCCUCCCCAGACCAGGGGCCCCUGCAGCUGUCCAAGUGUAAAGGCCUCCCAAAGUCAGCUUGGGGUGGGGGUACCCCAGAGGCCCACAGACUGGGCUUUGGUGCUACCUCAGAGGGCCAGGGGCCCCUCCCCUUCCUCAGCAUGUUUGUGGGUACAGAGGAUGCCCCGUUGGGCUCGCAGCCUGGCCACCCCCACUCCUCAUCUCAGGUGAAAAGCAAGCUCCAAAUGGGGCCCCCUUCUCCUGGGGAAGCCCAGGGACCCCUGCUGCCCUCCCCUGCCAAAAGUCUCAAGUUCCUCAAGCUGCCUCCAGCCUCAGAAAAAGUCCCCAGUCCAGGUGGCCCCCAGCUCAGCCCCCAACUCCCCCGAAACUCAAGAAUCCCCUGUCGCAACAGUGGCUCCGAUGGCAGCCCCUCCCCACUGCUGGCCCGCAGAGGUCUGGGUGGAGGAGAGCUGUCCCCAGAGGGGGCACAGGGUCUGCCCACCAGCCCUUCACCCUGCUCCACUGUCCUGGACUCUGUACAGCUCAGACCUCCCCAGUCAGCCUUUUCCACAACACCGUCCCCAGGGCCAGUGGUGUCUCCCUGCUAUGAGAACAUCCUGGACCUCUCCCGGAGCACCUUUAAAGGGUCCUCCCCAGAGCCACCCCCCUCCCCACUGCAGGUGCCCACUUACCCACAGCUGUCUCUGGAGGUCCCACAGGCCCCUGAGGUCCUCAGAAGCCCUAGAGUUCCCCCCACCCCUUGCCUCUCAGAAUCCUGCCCCUAUGGGGCCCCCCAGGAGAAAGGUUCUGAUAAGGCAGGCUCAGAGUCUCCCCACCCUGGCCGCAGGACCCCAGGCAGCUCAUCCAGGAAGCCUGGCCAGGGAUCAGGGCGGCGACCUGGGGAUCCUGGCUUCACAGCCCUGCGGGACAGACUGGCAGCCCUGGGGAAGCUAAAAACAGGCCCUGAGGGGCCCUUGGGUCCAGAGAAAAGUGGGGUGCCAGCCAGGCCUGGCACGGAGAAGGCCCGGGGGCCAGGGAGGUCAGGAGAGAGCACUGGAGACACGGUUCCCCCCACCACUCAACCCCUUGAGCAGCCAGAGGCUAAGGGGCCUCUUCAGGGGGUAGUGGCCUUAGGCACAAGCAGCCUGAAGCAGCAGGAACCUGGACUUGGGGAUCCUGGGGCCCGAGUCUACUCCUCCCACUCCAUGGGUGCCCGUGUGGAUCUAGAGCCUGUCUCACCUAGGAGCUGCCUCACCAAAGUGGAGCUGGCCAAGAGUCGGCUGGCAGGAGCCCUGUGUCCCCAGGUGCCCCGCACCCCUGCAAAAGUGCCCACCUCAGCCCCUAGCCUUGGCAAACCCAGCAAAAGUCCUCACAGCAGCCCUACAAAGCUGCCUUCCAAGUCACCCACCAAGGUGGUACCCCGACCUGGCCCUCCCCCAGUCCCCAAGGAGCCCCCCAAGCCUGACAAGGGGAAGGGCUCGUCUUGGGCAGACUGUAGCAGUGUCACAGGCCAGCCCACAUCCCCGAUACCAGGCCCUCCCAACCCAAGCCAGGUCCCUGAGGGCUUGGCCCCACACUCGGCCAUCGAGGAGAAGGUGAUGAAGGGCAUUGAGGAGAAUGUGCUGCGGCUCCAGGGGCAGGAACGGGCGCCGGGCUCCGAAGCCAAGCACCGCAGCACCAGCAGCAUUGCUAGCUGGUUUGGCCUUAAGAAGAGUAAGCUGCCAGCCCUGAACCGCCGCACAGAGGCCACGAAAAGCAAGGAUGGGCCCAGUGGGGGCUCACCCCUCCGGAAGGAGGGCAAGGUGGAAGCCCGAAAGCUGGAGCCUGAGAGCCUCAACAUCUCCAAGCUGAUGGCUAAGGCAGAAGACCUACGCCGGGCGCUGGAAGAGGAGAAGGCCUACCUGAGCAGAGGAACCCGCCCACGGCCUGGGGGCUCAGCUACAGGGCCCAGCCAGGGUCUGGGACAGGUGCAGGGCCAGCUGGUUGGCAUGUACCAAGGUGCGGACACCUUCAUGCAACAGCUGCUCAACAGGGUGGAUGGUAAGGAGCUGCCACCAAAGAGCUGGCGGGAGGCCAAGCCUGAGUAUGGGGAUUUCCAGCCAGUGUCCUCGGACCCCAAGAGCCCCUGGCCAGCCUGUGGCCCCCGAAAUGGCCUGGUGGGCCCACCUCAGGGCUGCAGAAAAUCACCUGGAAAGCCCAGCAGCGAACCGGGGAGGCAGGAAGAGAUGCCCUUGGAGGACAGCCUGGCCGAGCCAGUGCCCACCUCACACUUCACAGCCUGUGGCUCCUUGACUCGAACCCUGGACAGUGGCAUUGGAACCUUCCCACCCCCAGACCACGGCAGCAGUGGAACCCCCAGCAAGAAUCUUCCCAAGGCCAAGCCACCACGGCUGGAGCCUCCACCAGGGUUGCCCCCAGCCCGGCCCCCAGCCCUUACCAAAGUUCCCCGUCGCGCCCAUACCCUGGAGAGGGAGGUACCAGGCAUAGAGGAGCUGCUGGUGAGCGGGCGGCAUCCCAGCAUGCCAGCCUUCCCCGCACUGCUCACCUCUACUCCCAGCCACCGAGGCCAUCCACCCUGUCCUGAUGAUCCCUGUGAAGAUCCAGGCCCUUCCCCUCCCGUCCAGCUGGCCAAGAACUGGACGUUCCCCAACACCAGGGCGGCCAGCAGCUCCUCUGACCCUUUCCUGUGCCCACCCCAACAACUGGAGGAGCUGCCCAGGACCCCCAUGGCCCUGCCUGUGGACCAGAAGCGGAGCCUGGAGCCCAGCCGCCCACCCGCUGCACCCCAAGGCCCAGGAUUUGGGGGCAGUCGCACCCCCAGCACGUCGGACGUGGGCGAGGAGGGCAGAACGGCCAGUGGGGGUGCUCCAGGGCUGGAGGCCUCCGAGUCCCUCAGCGACUCACUCUAUGACUCGCUCUCCUCCUGUGGGAGUCAGGGCUGAGGGGCAGCACGCACCACGACCCCCUCGGAGGCUGGGGGCACAGACUGGCCUGUUCUCUUCGUGUCCCGCCCCUCCGUGCCAGCGGGGCCUUCGUUGGAGGGACCAGGGAAGCAGCUGGAUACAAAGAUGACGGGAGUCCCUGGCACACCCCACUGCCCGCCGCUGCUGUGGAUGGGAUGACUGCACUCAGCUCAGGGAGGGAUCCCAUCCUUGGUCCUUCGCUCACCCGGAGUAAGGCUCUUCCUCUAAGGGACUUGGGGGUCAGGGCCAUGUGUCCCAGCCCCCCCAGCUCCCACAUCAGGCUGAGCCAUCUUGUGGUGCUGGGCUUCCUGCCCACCAGCUGUGCCAUCUCUGCCCAACUUGGCUGCUCCCCUGUCCCAGAGCCCCCAUGGGGCCAUUCUGGAGGCCCCAUGUUGGCAGACUUUGAGGGUGAGGGGGCAAGUUGCCUUCUCUCUCUGCCCUGGUCCUCCCUGCUGUCUGAAUGGUGCUGCCCUCCCCUGCCCCAUGUCUUUGGGGUGUGUUGUCUGUCUUUUUUUGGUUUUUAGUAUUUUUGUUUUGUUUUUUUAUAUAAAAGCGCCUGGCCCAGUCCCUACCCCCCAACCUGAACUGCGGUUAAUUUAUCUGGCUGCUCUGCUUCUGCCGUAACCCUAAUAAAACAUGGGGGCCCCUCCCUACUCUGC